GCGCACGCUCCGACUCGGCCGUGGCGGACCUGACUGAAGGAGGCCACGGCCACUUCUGGUUGGCUUCGGGGCGCGCUGGCUCGGCUCUUCCUCCGCCCUCGAGGCCCCCGCAGUCCCAUCAUUCAGUUCCGUAGGGUCACCGGCGCGGCAGUGGCCUCGCAGGGCGCUGGGUCCCUCUCCCCGGCUCUCCUCCCCCUGGCCCCGUCGCCCCGCCCUCGCCGGGCUGGGCUGCGGGGUCAGGGGCCGAGCGGAGAGGGGUGAGUAUUCCCCACAGCCCUUGCCGGUUGCCUCCUCCCGGCUCUGCUUCCCACACGGUCCUCGCCCCACUCCUAGGACAGGGAGGAAGGGCACGCGCGGGUAGGCGGGAAACAGCCCAGUCCUGAACAAAAGGCCGGGGAAGCGGGUCCCCGCCGGUGAACUGCAGGCCUGUGCUGGCCGCCGCGAGCGGGGAAGGGCGAGGACACUCCCUCCUCGGGGACCCGGUCCCCGUCGCGCACACGGUGUCACCAGCACACCUGGCCCAGUACCCAAAGCACCCUCGAAGCUAAAGGGCAGUGUCACGGUCAUAUCUCACUGCAACCUUGAAUUCCUAGCCUCAAGUGAUCCUCCUACCUCAGCCUUGCAAAGUGUACAUCAGUUUGUGUAAGAAAAGGUCCAAGAAGUGAACAGGCCUGAAAGUUGAAGAAAGUUAUCAUUUAACAUGGAAGAAGAUGAGUUCAUUGGAGAAAAAACAUUCCAACGUUAUUGUGCAGAAUUCAUUAAACAUUCACAACAGAUAGGUGAUAGUUGGGAAUGGAGACCAUCAAAGGACUGUUCUGAUGGCUACAUGUGCAAAAUACACUUUCAAAUUAAGAAUGGGUCUGUGAUGUCACAUCUAGGAGCAUCUACCCAUGGACAGACAUGUCUUCCCAUGGAGGAGGCUUUCGAGCUACCCUUGGAUGAUUGUGAAGUGAUUGAAACUGCAGCAGCGUCCGAAGUGAUUAAAUAUGAGUAUCAUGUCUUAUAUUCCUGUAGCCACCAAGUGCCUGUACUUUACUUUAGGGCAAGCUUUUUAGAUGGGAGACCUUUAACUCUGAAGGACAUAUGGGAAGGAGUUCAUGAGUGCUAUAAGAUGCGACUGCUACAGGGACCAUGGGACACUAUUACACAACAGGAACAUCCAAUACUUGGGCAACCCUUUUUUGUACUUCAUCCCUGCAAGACGAAUGAAUUCAUGACUCCUGUAUUAAAGAAUUCUCAGAAAAUCAAUAAGAAUGUCAACUAUAUCACAUCAUGGCUGAGCAUUGUAGGGCCAGUUGUUGGGCUGAAUCUACCUCUGAGUUAUGCCAAAGCAACCUCUCAGGAUGAACGAAAUGUCCAUUAACAAGAUUCUUCUAUUGAGUUUAGGAAUUGCGGCACGAAGAAUGCCAAGAGUUUACCUGGCCAGCCCUGGCUUUAAUAGGACCGAUACCAUGGAAUAUUUCAUCUCACCAAGAUUUGACAUGGAUUAUUUUUCCCUUGGACACAAAUGUCUACAGCAACUGAUGUUUGAUAGGCUGAAUGUUUAGAAGAAACACUUCAAAGGGAUACAUCAUGGCCAGGCAUGGUGGCUCACACCUGUAAUCCAAGCACUUUGGGAGGCCAAGGUGGGAGCAUCACUUGAUCCUGGGAGUUCGAGACCAGCCUGGGCAACAUGGUGAAACCCUGUCGGUACAAAAAAAUACAAAAAUUUGCCUGUUUAUGGUGGUGUGUUCCUGUAGUCCCAGCUCCCCAGGAGGCUGAGGUAGGAGGUUGGCUUUAACCCAGGAGGCAGAGGUUGCAGUGAGCUGAGACUGUGCCACUGCAGUCCAGCCUGGGUGACAGAGCCAGACACUGUCUCGGGAAAAAAAAAAAAAAAGACACAUCACUAUAAAUAGCAAAAAAACAAAUCUAACUUAUUAAUACUAGGAAUACCAACAUUAUUAGGGCACUUGCAGGUUAUUCUUUUCUAGGCCAAGUACUUCACUUCCAUUUGUCUGACAUGGAGAUUGAGGGAGAAAUGUAUUUGUGUGUUCAUUUUAAUGUAAGCUAUAUAAAAAUUAAAUUACUGGAUUUACCUGUCCCUGAAACUGGUGUUAUAAACAUGACCUAUCUUAAGUGAUUCUCCCACAAUCAAACUCAGGAACAAUAGAUUAUUUCUGUUUUACUCCAAAAGAGAGAGAGAGAGUGAGUGUGUGUGUGUGUGUGUGUGUGUAUGUGUGGGUGUUUGUAUAGAUAGAUAGUUGUAAAACAAAGAAAAAACACAAUAUUUUACUGUGAGAUAAUAUGUUUUACCAGCAAAGUGUGGCAUAGUAAUUAGAAGUUUUCUAAAAAGCUAUAGGAGAUAUUUAAACAUUAAAAUUUCUUUUUGACCUAUA